GCCGGAGCAGCGCGUGUGUGCCCGGCACGGGCAGGCUCCCCGUGGCGUGGUGCUCACCAACCAGCUCCAACCUCUUUGCAUGGAAAUUACCCUCCUGGCCGUGCCGUCUGUGUGACUGGAGCACGGAUUGUCACCGUUUCCAUUCCAACGUCCUUCUGCUUUCCGCCUCCUCUGACUUGGGGGCACUCAGAGCUGUUCCCUCCGGGGCUCGUGUUGUGCCGGAGCCUCCAUCCGGGAGCAGAAACGAGCUGAGCUGAGUCCACUGGCAGCCCCCCACAACCCCACGGCCAGGCUGUAGCUGGAAAACGCAGCCCGGGACCAUGGGGAGCAGCAAGAGCAAGCCCAAAGACCCCAGCCAGCGCCGGCGCAGCCUGGAGCCAGCCGACAGCACCCACCACGGGGGCUACCCGGCCUCACAGACACCCAGCAAGACGGCUGCCCCCGACGCCCAUCGCACCCCCAGCCGCUCCUUCGGGACCAUGGCUGCCGAAUCCAAGCUCUUUGGAGGCUUCAACACCUCCGACACCGUCACGUCGCCGCAGCGCUCCGGGGCGCUGGCCGGUGGAGUCACCACCUUCGUGGCCCUCUAUGACUACGAGUCCCGGACCGAAACGGACCUGUCCUUCAAGAAAGGAGAACGCCUCCAAAUUGUCAACAACACGGAAGGUGACUGGUGGCUGGCUCAUUCCCUCACUACAGGACAGACGGGCUACAUCCCCAGUAACUAUGUCGCGCCCUCAGACUCCAUCCAGGCUGAAGAGUGGUAUUUCGGGAAGAUCACUCGCCGGGAGUCCGAGAGGCUGCUCCUCAACCCCGAAAACCCCCGGGGGACCUUUCUGGUGCGGGAGAGUGAGACCACGAAAGGUGCCUACUGCCUCUCGGUCUCCGACUUCGACAAUGCCAAGGGGCUCAACGUGAAGCACUACAAGAUCCGCAAGCUGGACAGCGGCGGCUUCUACAUCACCUCUCGCACGCAGUUCGGCAGCCUGCAGCAGCUGGUGGCCUACUACUCCAAACACGCCGAUGGCCUGUGCCACCGUCUGACCACCGUCUGCCCCACGUCCAAGCCCCAGACCCAAGGGCUCGCCAAGGACGCGUGGGAAAUCCCCCGGGAAUCGCUGCGGCUCGAGGUCAAGCUGGGGCAGGGCUGCUUCGGAGAGGUCUGGAUGGGGACCUGGAACGGCACCACCAGAGUGGCAAUAAAGACGCUGAAACCCGGCACCAUGUCCCCGGAGGCCUUCCUGCAGGAAGCCCAGGUGAUGAAGAAGCUCCGGCACGAGAAGCUGGUUCAGCUCUACGCCGUGGUUUCGGAGGAGCCCAUUUACAUCGUCACCGAGUACAUGAGCAAAGGGAGCCUCUUGGACUUCCUGAAGGGAGAGAUGGGCAAGUACCUGCGGCUGCCACAGCUCGUGGAUAUGGCAGCUCAGAUCGCGUCCGGCAUGGCCUACGUGGAGAGGAUGAACUACGUUCACCGAGACCUCCGGGCGGCCAACAUCCUCGUGGGGGAGAACCUGGUGUGCAAGGUGGCCGACUUCGGCCUGGCGCGCCUCAUCGAGGACAACGAGUACACGGCCCGGCAAGGUGCCAAGUUCCCCAUCAAGUGGACGGCCCCCGAGGCGGCGCUGUACGGCAGGUUUACCAUCAAGUCGGACGUCUGGUCCUUCGGCAUCCUCCUGACCGAGCUGACCACCAAGGGCAGAGUGCCCUACCCAGGGAUGGUGAACAGGGAGGUGCUGGACCAGGUGGAGCGGGGCUACCGCAUGCCCUGCCCGCCCGAGUGCCCCGAAUCGCUGCACGACCUCAUGUGCCAGUGCUGGAGGAAGGACCCCGAGGAGCGGCCCACCUUCGAGUACUUGCAGGCCUUCCUGGAGGACUACUUCACCUCGACAGAGCCCCAGUACCAGCCCGGCGAGAACCUAUAGACCUGGAGCUCCUCCUGGCACCGCAGACCUCGCCGCGGGGCGUGGAGGGCUGGCCUCCCCGCCGAGGGGGCCGUUUUUGCGGAACAGCCCCGGAGCGGGACGGGGCAUCGCCUCUGGUUGCGGCCAGGGGAGGUGCCGGGUGCCCCGUCGCUCGUUAUGACUGCUGGCCCCUGAUUAAUGAAGGGGCGAGAGGAGCCCAAGGGUGCUGGCACCAGCUCAGGAGGGCAAGCGGGGCAGCGGGCUGGCGGGGCAUCACCUUCCUCCCCCCGAGAGGCUUGGCUUUUGGGAGGCUUUUUCCCCAGAGAAAUUGGGGGACAGCACCUCCUGCCUCGGACAUGUGGCCACAGCUUCUUGCACCCUCCCUAGUUUAAAAUCACCAUGACUUUCCCUACCCCUUCGCCCACCCGUUUUGCUCUGGUUUGCCCGAAGGUGUUCACAGAGACGUUUUGCUGUGGGGAAGGCACACGCCAGCGCUGGUUUGGACUGGGAUGCAGCUGGGGAGCAGACGUUGCGAGGCACCAGGCCCCAUGAUCCCGCAGGCCCGUGGUGCCAACAGGACGCUGGCCUUGAGGCUCCUUCCUCCAGUGCCUGCCCGUCCUCGCGCCACGAGUGGGACCUGGCCCUGCUCAGGGCCCCGCUGCCCGCCCUGUCCCGUGGGACCUCCUGGGCACACAGUCGAGUCUUCCAGCUGUGCCUGUCCCCCGCAGGGCACCACCUCGUCGCUUCUGGGAUCGGCAUCGAGGGGGGGGACCCCACGGAGCCCUCGCCUGGCCCCCUGCAGCCCCCCCCAGGGCUUCUCCACCCAACGCUGCGCCUCUCCUGGCCACCAACCCCAAAUCGAGACCACGGGGCUGGGGCACGCGACAGAGGCGGCCACUCGGGCUGUGGGAGCAUUUUGGGGGCAAUACUCGUUUUUUGCAACGCGGUUGUCCACUGGUACGUUUCUAGCUGCCUUCCCCACUCCUGCUGCCACCACCCUCUGGGGCUGGGCUGCUGGGGAGCGUUGUGCCACGCAGAUAUCUGCAGGCUCACUGGCUCGCUCCCCAAGCCCUUGGCUGUGUUUCGGAGGUCACUGCUUACCCAUGCCCAGCUUUGCCCCCCCGUUGUCCCCACCAGGCUGAACCCCUGGUGCCAUGCACAGCCCUGGCGCCCACCUUGUACAUAGCCCCCACGUGCCCCCCCACCAGCCGGCCAGGUUGCAUGUGGCUUUGUUUUCCUCCUGCCAUCACGCCGAUGUCUCUGUCUGCAUUUGUCCCUAAGCAGAACCCCUCACUGUCCUGGCGUGCGAGGCUGCAGCAGUCAGCACCCCUGUCCUGAGCACCCUCAGUGCCAAAAAUGCCGGUGGGCUGGGUCGCUGGUGUGCAGCAGAGGGAUGCUCGGGGCGUGCGCCCCUGCAGCCUGCUCUCAGCCUGGGUAUUUCAUCCAGGAGCUCAGCGGUGGUUUGUGGCACCCGCCAGCUCCUGCGGCUCUGCCUCGGUGGCCCAGCACCCAUGGAAAACCAGGCGAGGAAGGUGCUGGGGCCGCACGCUGCAGCGGGGGGAGAUGCUCCUGCCCCUUGCCUCCGCAGGAGCAGGGCAGAGCCGCCGCUGCCCCCCACUCGCUCCCACAGCUCCCCAGCAUCUUAUUUAUUGAACAAGUUCUGGCUUGGUGGCCCCUUUUUAAUAGUAAAGCCUUCAAACAUGGCACAAAAAGAGAGAUCCUGCCUUUGGCUUGGAGAACAGCAACUGUUUUAAUGGAUUUUUUUAAAACCACCUUGGGACUCGGAGCCUCUCCUUCCCCCAGCACCUUUGCUGUCUGCGUUCGUGCAGGGACUGUCAUGCCCUGAGGUCUUCUAGUUCCUGGUCUUGUGGCCAUUUGGCUGAUGGGUCCCAGAGAAGCCCCUUAGUGCUACAAGGGGCAGCCUGUGCCAUAACCAUGGGAGGGACACAGAAUCCCCAGCACCGGGAGAAGGCUCCUAAAUCUCUAAAUCAAUGUGCAGAAGGCGGAUUGGACCCACGAACUGGGGAGAGAGAAGGCGAAUGCACGUGUUAACGCGUGACCUUUUGUUUUCUUUAGCACGGACAGGUUCUCAUGAGAGAACAGCAGGGCCGGGGUGCUCCCAACCCAGUUGUUUCAUUCCCUGGCAUGGUGGAGCAAUAACGCCCCUGCAGCGUCAGCACCGCCCUGGGCUUUCUUCCCUGCCCCGGGGGUUUGACGACAGGGAGAGGCUGGGGGCUUUUCAUGGCAGAAGGCAGUGAAACAACCCAGGAGGAGCAUGGCACAGGGCUGGGGAUGUGUGUCUGUGUGUCCGUCUACGUGUCCAUCCGUCUGACCGCGUGUGCGGGGCGUUAGGUGGGACCUGGAGUCCCUGCAGUCCCUGCUGCGGCUGGCCUCAACAAAGGCCACGCAGGCUCAGAGCCUCCCCUCCAUCACCCUCCUGGUCUGCCAAUUUGUUUUCAAAGCCAGUAAUUUAGAGGGGAAUCCCCCCUACCCCACGAUGCUCCUUGGCAUGGAUGCGAUGGGCCAAUAACCCCGUACAAGGUAUUUUCUGCUGGUGUAAUUUUUUUUUUAAAUAGCAUUUUUGUAAGAUCUCCAGACGAGACUAUGCAGAGAACACGUGGAUCUGGUUCUCUCUCCCCAGCUCCCCCUCCUCCCCACCUGCCUUUUUCAGUGUCGAAGUAAAAAUAUUUAGCUUUUUUUUUUUUUUUUGGAUAAUAAUAAAACUUUGGAAAAACCUGAAAAUGUCCAGCUUUGUGGGUGGUGGGGGGCGGAGAUGCUUUGAAACUCUAAUGUUGUUGUAAAUACUUUGCAAUUUGAUAAUUAAAUACAAACAGACCUCAC